AUGAAAUCAUUUGGGAAUGCAUUCGCAUUCAUGAUGCGGAAGCCAAAGCCAAAGCAAACCAUUAGAAUGUCUCAGCCAACGCCAACAACUCAGAUGGAGGUGGAUUCAACAACGGAUUGUGAAAGAAUGGAGGUGGAUUCAGACGUUGAAGAGAUCUUGUCCCCGCCAGUUGUGCCUCCUCCCCAAUCCAAUGGACACCCUGACUCCCAGCCAAACUCACCCUCCCAUUCGACUUCCAUCGGCAGCAGCCCUGCCUAUCCAGAAGCCUGCAUGGAUCGGGUCAAUUUGGCCCAUGUCCGACUUCGGGAAAUGCUGGAGGCAAUGGACACAGGUCGUGUGCCGACAGACCUGUCGCUGGAAACAGCUGCAGAUCGAGCGCUUAACCAGCUGCAUCACCGCGACUUCCCUUCCCUUCGACGCGCCGCAGAACUGCUAGAGCUUACAAGCAAGAACAAACACCAUGAUGUCGUAUUUCGGACGCGUCUGGCUGCAAUGCUCGGCACUCUCAACCUGUUCCUCAACCCGGGAUGCAAUUAUACUUGGCGGCAAGCAUCCACCGUCAUUGCCCGUUCACAAGGACAUGCAACACACUAUGCCAGGCGCAUUCGCGACUGGCUCCACUACUUCCUGACCCACCGCAAGCUGCCCGAACACGUUAUUGGAGUCAACGACGGCGACUCUCUUCUGGAUGACGAGGACUUUUGUGCGGCCAUCAAGUUACACCUGCAGCUUGUUUGCGCAAAAAACAAGCACUUCCGAGCGCAGGAUAUCGUUGACUUUGUGGCGGGGGAGGAGAUGCAAGCGAAGCUGGAGGCUGCUGGUGUUCAGAAACGGACAAUCUCUGUCCGGACAGCGCGUCGCUAUAAGCGGAUGGAUUGGCGGUUUGGCAAACGGAAAAACGGCAUGUAUGUAGAUGGGCAUGAGCGGGAAGAUGUUGUGGCAUAUCGAACAGCGUUUGUGAAGCGAUGGAUCGAGGAGUAUGAACCAAGGAUUAUUGUUUACGAUAACGAGGGUAACGAGGCCAAGCGACCCGAUGCAGACACUUUCAAACUCUCCGGAAAAUAUGCUGGCCAGCGCUUUCAACUCAUCCCUGUCACCCACGACGAAUCGACAUUUUACAAGAAUGAUCGACGCAAGUCGGGAUGGAUUCAUGCAUCAAUCAAGGCUGCCCCGGAGGCCAAGGGAGAAGGGGAUUCCAUUAUGGUUUCUGACUUCCUUGUUGCACACUGGGGGCGUUUGCGAGUUCCGGAACUCAAUUGGGACGCUCGUCUGUUCUUCCGUGCUGGGAAGAAUCGUGAUGGCUACUUCACGUCAAUAGAGCUCCUCGAGCAUGUUGAAAAUGCCAUUGAUAUCUUUGAGCACAAGACACACAAGUUUGCGACAGGCCUUUUCCUCUUCGAUAAUGCACCAAGCCAUCAGAAACGCGCUGCCCGAUGCGCUUUCCGCCCGCAAAAUGCCCAAAGGCCCCCAUGCGACCUGGACUCAUAUACCAAAUGGUCCCAAAAUGCGUGA